AUGAAGCAGCACCCAGGAAGCGAGGGUCACAACUUGGGCCAAAGGAGCAGGAGGACGCACCUGCCCCAACGCUGCCAGGAUCGCAUCCCAGGAGCCGAGGCAAAAGACAGAAGGAAGCCCAUUGCCCCGGCCUGCCACGCGGUGCCUCCCUCAUCCACUCCAGAAAAUGGAGACUCUCGAGAAAAACGUGCCGUCCGAACGAUCCUCGUCGACCUGAGACCCAUCUUGGAGAAAGCGGUGGACUUCUCGGACUCUUCUCCAGAGAUGUCGGAGAGAGACUCCCAAAACCAUGAAGAACACCUGCAGAUGGAGAGUGGAGAUCUCCCCACUGAAGGAGGAGGAGGAGGAGGACACACCUCGGAGACGGCCACUGCUGCUUCCAUUGAUUCCGGCAUCCAUGAGGACGUCUUGCCACCUCCCGCCAGGGAUCCCUUCCGAGCACCCAGUGCCCACGCUGAGAGCACCCGCAAGGCCCCAGAGAUCUGUCCUCAGUCGGGCAACUCAACCGAGCUUCAGGAAACCACGCUGCUUGCCGCGUUGACCCAUGAAACGAAACUCAGAACGGCCAUUUCCUCGCCUAAGAUUACACCGCAAGAGCCAGGAGCAGCAGACCAUGAAUUGCAAUCGAUCAAGCCUUCCGCCUCCCUCCCAGACUUCCACCUCCCCACGCAGCUGCUGCUGCAGAGGCUACAGGAGACCACCACCAGCCGGCAUCACUCCUUGAUCGCGCAAGUCCUGAGUUCGCUGCGGGAGGAACUCUUGGUGGAAGAGCAGCCGCCUCUGGAUGGUGGGCACAAGGCAACCCCCCUCUUGCAGCUGCCCAGCAUCAAAGCUGCAGAAAGGAAGAAGGGAGGCCAGGAGAUGAAGCAUUUCAAGCCCGGCCAAGAGGCCGCCAAAAGGAUGCUCGGCAAGUUCACCUGGCACAGGUGCCACAGGUCUGUCUAUGGGGCUGGCUCAGCCCCACAAGCCACAGACCUUUGAGUUGCUGCAAGGUCUUUUAUUAAAGAUG